AACGUCAGAAUGGGGCGGGGACUGGGUUGGAGAAGCCGCCCGAUGGCUCCACCUCCUCGAGAAAGCCGAUAAAUAGCCACCAAGAAGACUCUAGGUUUGUUUCUUGGAGAGCCACAACUGAGGUGGGGGAUCUAGCUGCAGCGGUGUUGAUAGGAGCCCAUUCAACCCAGAUGUCUUGAAGUGGUAAUCUACUUUUGAAGCAAUCUAUUGCAUCCUAGCCUGAAGUUGUAUUUUGUGAAAAAGACUCAAAAUGCCAAACUGGGGAGGUGGAAACAAAUGUGGAGCCUGUGGUAGAAUAGUAUACCAUGCGGAAGAAGUCCAGUGUGAUGGGAGAAGCUUCCACAGAUGUUGCUUUCUUUGUAUGGUAUGCCGGAAAAACCUGGAUAGCACAACUGUGGCCAUGCAUGAUGAAGAAAUAUACUGCAAGUCUUGUUAUGGGAAAAAAUAUGGCCCCAAAGGAUAUGGCUAUGGGCAAGGAGCAGGCACUCUCAAUAUGGACAGAGGAGAAAGGCUUGGCAUAAAACAUGACAAUUCUUUUCAUUCUAGCGUACCUUCUCAUCGACCUACAACAAGUCCAAAUACUUCAAAAUUUGCUCAGAAAUUUGGAGGGGUAGAAAAAUGUUCCAGAUGCGGUGACUCUGUGUAUGCAGCUGAGAGAGUAAUAGGAGCUGGAAAGCCUUGGCACAAAAAUUGUUUUCGCUGUGCCAAGUGUGGUAAAAGCCUCGAAUCAACAACUCUGACAGAGAAGGAGGGCGAAAUCUAUUGCAAAGGUUGUUAUGCAAAGAACUUUGGCCCCAAAGGAUUUGGCUAUGGCCAAGGCGCUGGUGCUCUUGUUCACGCUCAGUGACACAUUAGCUAUUUGGCACAGAGAGGGUUCUCUUUUUCCAAGGCUCAAUUUAAAAUGCUACCAUUUACUGUGAAACAGCUCUUGGCUUAUGCUACUGCUUUUCCUUAGGUACCGCAUGUAUUCCAGUCUUGAAGCAGAUUUUUACAUAACAUGUCAAUCAAUUUCAAUAAAGCUUUGUAUUUAGACACUCA